UUAUGGCGCAAAAUGCCAGAGUCUAAUCUGCGCAAUGACAGCAACUACGGGCUGGAUUUCGAGACGCUCAACGACUCCGUCCUGGACCAGAACCUCACAGGGUGCAGGAACUUCACCAUCACGGACCCGCAGGUUGUCGGGGUCGGGAUCUUCCUGUCCGCCUUCAUCCUGGUGGCGUUCGUGGGAAACAUCCUGGUCAUCCUGUCCGUGGUGUGCAACAAGCACCUGCAGAACAUCACCAACUUCUUCAUAGUCAACUUGGCCAUGGCCGACCUGCUGCUGAGCGUCAUCGUGCUGCCCUUCUCCGCCUCCCUGGAGGUUCUGGGCUGCUGGGCGUUCGGCCGGGUGUUCUGCAACAUCUGGGCAGCUGUGGACGUGCUGUGCUGCACCGCCUCCAUCCUCAGCCUCUGCAUCAUCUCGGUGGACCGCUACAUCGGGGUGAAGCACUGCCUGAAGUACCCCAGCAUCAUGACGGAGAGGCGGGCGGCGGCCAUCCUGGUGCUGGUGUGGGUCUCCUCCGUGGUGAUCUCCGUGGGACCCCUGCUGGGGUGGAAGGAGCCCCCGCCCGUGGACGACAGCGUCUGCAGCAUCACUGAAGAGCCGGGCUACGCGCUCUUCUCCUCGCUGUUCUCCUUCUACCUGCCGCUCAUGGUCAUCCUCAUCAUGUACUUCAGGGUGUACGUGGUGGCCCGCAGGACCACCCGGAGCCUGGAGGCGGGGGUCAAGCGCGAGAGGGACAAGUCUGUGGAGGUGGUGCUGCGCAUCCACUGCCGCAGCGUGCUGGGGGACGCGCGCCCCGCCGGCUCCAAGAGCAGCAAGAACCACCCGUUCCGAAGUUCCCUCUCCGUGCGCCUCAUGAAGUUCUCCCGCGAGAAGAAGGCUGCCAAAACCCUGGCCAUCGUGGUGGGCAUGUUCAUCCUCUGCUGGCUGCCCUUUUUCUUCUUUCUGCCCUUAGGUAUGUGCAGGGUGGUCGCCCGCCCCUGGGGGCGAUAAUGUUUUUUUUGCUCUUAUUGCA